GGAACAUUGAUAACUUGACAUAAACCAUAGAUAACCUCAAUAAUUUAAUGUUGAACAUGCGUUUAUUAUUGUGAUUUAUUUUAAUAAAACCGAAAAUGACGAUGAGAUCUGUAAACAAUUUUGACACCCUUGUAGAGGAUUUCAAAGAAGUGACCAAAAAACCCGAGAGUUUUUUAAACGUUGACAAUGAUUUAGUGACUUCACUGAAAAAUAAUCUAAAGAAUGCAUAUGACACAGCGAAAAGUGAGGAAAUUAAGUCAACAAAAUCAAACUCUUUGCCUGAAUUAAUUAUAAAACACUUUGAUUUGGAGCAAAUUUGGCAGCAAUUAGAGCUACAAAAUGAUUCAGUUUUAACACGAUCUUUAAACAAUGUCAGCAAGGUUUUAGUGAAUAAAGAGAAAUUACUGUUUAAAAACUUGGAAGAUAAGUGCAAGGAGUUGGAGUUAAGUGAAAAUGAAGAAGAGGCUAAUGAAGAAAACAAUGAAAAUGAAGAAAAAACUGAUUCAUCAGAUGAUGAUGAUGAUGAAAUAGACUUAAAUAAAAAUCUUCUAGAUGAAGAAAGUGAUGAUUCAGAUGAAGUAAAUCAAGAAUCUUUAUCAUCCACAAAUAAAUUUAUAAAGAAAUCAGUAGUGGAUGAUGAUUUCUUUAAGUUAGAUGAAAUGGAGAAAUUCUUAGUUUCUGAAGAAAAAAAAAUGAAUGAUCCUGAUUCAGGACAUGAUUCUGAAGAGUCGGAUGAUGAAGAAGGGAGUGUUGAUUUGUUUGAGAAUAUAAGUGAUGAGGAAGAUCCCAUGAAAACAGCAAAGUUUAAGGACUUCUUUGUACAAAAGGAUGAAGAAAAGAAGGUUACUAAAAGAAACAAAUUUCUUGAAGAUUUAAACAGUGAAGAUGAUGAAGAUCGUGAAGAUAGAGAGGUACCCAAUAAUAUACCCAAAUCUUCACUGGAAUUAAGACAAGAGAGGCUGAAUAGAAGAAUUGAAGAAUUGGAAGAAAAUGCUGUAAGUGAAAAACCUUGGCAAUUAAAGGGUGAAAUAACUGCAGAAAAAAGACCUCAAAACUCACUUUUAGAAGAAAUAGUGGAGUUUGAUAUAUCAACCAGACCUGCACCCAUAAUAACAGAACAAACAACCCUUCAAUUAGAAGAUAUAAUAAAACAAAGAAUAAAAGAUAAAGCAUUUGAUAGUGUGGAAAGGAAAGCCAAACCCAUUGAAACUCCAUUGGAAUACAAGAAAAAACUUGUAUUGGAUCAAGAAAAAAGUAAAGAAUCUUUGGCGCAAAUCUACGAAAAGGAAUUUUUAGACCAACAGGCUGCUUUAGAUACAAACAAUGCCAACAAAGAUGAAGAAGAAUCCCUGGAACACAAAGAAAUCAGAUCACUAAUGAGCACUCUCUUCAAUAAACUGGAUGCUUUAUCUAACUUCCACUUUACUCCAAAACCAGCAAUUCCUGAACUUAAAAUAGUUAGUAAUCUUCCUGCAAUAAGCAUGGAGGAGGUAGCACCUGUUUCUGUAAGCGAUGGGGCUCUUUUAGCGCCAGAAGAAGUCAGGAACAAAAUUAGAGGUGAAGUUCUUGGUAAAACGGAAAAAACUGAUACUGAUAAGAAUAGGGAGCGUAGAAAGAAAAAGCAAAAGCAAAAAUAUCAUGCACAAGAGAAAGACAAAAAGGAAAAUGAAAAGAGUAAAAAUAAUCCACAGUUUAAAUUGUCCAAAGAAAAAAAUAAGAAGUUAUUGGAUAAAAUCACUAAAAAUACUAAUACUAAGAAGAUGGAUGAAUCUAAAGGUUCUAAAAGUGUCAAAUCUUCAACAGCUUUCUUCACUCAACUUCAGGAAGAAGUACAAACACAUAUUAGCAAUAAAACACAGAAAAAGAAAACUAAUAAACAAAUUACCUUGUCUCCUAAAAAAUUUAAAUUGUAAAUGUCUUUAUUUUAUAUAUUUUUUUUUUCAUA